AUGGACGUCAUCGAACAUGACACACCGAGCAAUCGGCGCGGUGUCUUCGCGCAAAGCUCUCAACGUUUACCCCUCCCUCCAAACAUCGACCCUAUAAUGACACUCGCCCUCCCAGACCAAGUACCGAAUAUCUACAGAUUUUGCUGGAUGGGCGUUCGAUCCGACAUUGAUAAAGAAGUCGAUUUUGCCCUUCACCAUCUCAUUGUCAUAUCAGAUGAACGAGGAGACAAGCUCAAAUUCAGUGAUUUUAAUAUGCUAGCCGAAUCUCUCAUUAAGCAAGUUUUAAAGGUUUCUCUACUCGUCUACGGAAAGGAAUGGGUCAUCGAGCUUGAUCACCCAAAUGAUCUCCCAGUCUCAAAAGCCAAUGUUAUCUUCGCCUUGACAGGCACUCCCAAUCUUCUACAGCGUAUUGUAGCCAUGCCAGUUAUCCUGGACGACACAGACGUUGAAGAUGAAUCGUUUCGCGUCAAACUUCAACGCGUCAACCAGGCUGCCCUGAUCAUCCGAAACAUGUGUUUACUUGAGGAAAACGCUCGCUGGUUCACCGAAGAGCCUAUUCUGAGAGACUGCGCUACCAUCAUUCUCAACCUUCCUCGCCAGGAUCGAUUCAUAGAGCUGAAGAACUACUUUUUAGAAAUCGUGGAGCAAACUUGCCCCUUCUGGGACCUAUGGGACGAGGACCCUCUUUACCAAUCACUUAUCAGAUUAAUGGAUAGUGAAGACCGCUUUCAACUUAUGACCUCGAUGAAAUGUCUUUGUCUAUUCGCCAUUGAACGUAUCGAAUCGAAGAUUAUCGAUAGAAUUCCCAGCCGGAUUAUCGAGCAGGUCAUCCGUCUCACUCUUCUCAAACAAGACCCAGAACUCCUUUCCGUCGCGCUCGACUUCUUGUACCAAUUUUCACGGUACCGUCUCAACGUCCAACAGCUUGUUACAGAUUUCAACCUUCCAGUGGACCUUAUACCCCAUCUCGUCCACCUUUUAGACUAUGGUAGUGUGGUCCGUAACAAGGAAAUCAUCGACCAGGUCGAACGCAAAGCGCCUCCUCCAAACCAAGUCCCAACUCCACAUCAGGAUCUCUACCGUGAACUUGUCAAGCAUCCAGAACCCGAACGGUGCGCCCUGUGGCUUAAAUGCUGCUUCGUUGAAGACCCAGACUGCGAAAUCACCCAACUUGCAAUCUGGCAGGCCUACCAAGCCUGCUUCACUCAAAAUCGCAUUCCUGGCGUUCAGGCAGCCGAUACACUUCAAGCCACCGAAUUUAUUAGCACAGUAAGUAACACUUUCUCCUCUGCGCAGGCCAAAGUCGUCGAAGGUCCAUCUGCUCGAUUUAUCAUCCGCGGCAUCCGUCCUCUUGAAACCACCUACAACCUUGAUGGCUACCCAAGCCUUCACUGCCUAUGGGGAAAACAGGGAGAUGUUCGCUGCGACCACGUCUUCCUAGACCCUGCCAUACUACGAAACCAUGUAUUCCAGGAACAUCUCCAACUCAGCCCCUUGGCAUCAGGUAGAUGGGAUCUCCAGGCGCAACCUACAAACCCUCGGGUGUGCCAUUGGGAUUACUGCUCGGAAUACCUCACUCCGACCCCGAACAUUGCACAAAUAGCAGGCCAUGUUUCUUCCCACCUGCCACCGCUACGAGACAUGAGCAAGCCACCACCCAUUCCUUCCCGGCCGAUCCUCCAGCCUAAAUGUGCCAGACUUUUCAAACUUUAUCCCACUCCUGUCGAUGAGCAUGGUGAGCCUUACGGAAUUGCAUACAAGGCGCUAUUAGUGAUGAGUGGUGUUUGGUUCGCAAAGAUCACGAUUGAUCGAAACGGCAACGGAAAAUCCAAGCCUCACGAGGGAGAUAUUUGGAUUUUUGAACGAACUCGAUUCCUCUUCUUAGACCCGCUCGCCUCGACGUCCCAAUAA